AUGGCGUCCAAGAAUACCAACGGGUCUACCAACGGCCACUCCCAUGACUUCAGUGCUUACCAUGUGCCAUCCACGCAGGAGGCCAUCCAGGUGGAGAAGGACUAUGCGGCGCACAACUACCAUCCCCUCCCGGUGGUGAUCUCGCGGGCACAAGGGAGCUCGGUGUGGGACCCCGAGGGCCGUCACUACCUCGACUUCUUGUCCGCCUAUUCCGCCGUCAACCAGGGUCACUGUCACCCGAAGCUGUUGGCGGCUCUCAUCGAUCAGGCCUCGCGUGUCACCCUUAGUUCGCGCGCCUUUUAUAAUGAUGUUUUCCCACGGUUUGCCCAGUUUGUCACCGAGUUCUUCGGAUUCGACAUGGUCUUGCCCAUGAACACGGGAGCCGAGGCGGUUGAGACGGGUAUCAAGAUCGCGCGCAAGUGGGGGUACAAGGUCAAGGGUAUUCCCGAGAACCAAGCGGUGGUGCUCAGUGCCGAGAACAAUUUCCAUGGUCGCACGUUCGCCGCCAUCUCCCUCUCCUCCGACCCCGAGUCCCGUGAGAACUACGGUCCCUACCUGCCCGGCAUUGGCUGCAACAUUCCCGGAACCGACAAGCCCAUCACAUACAACGACAAGGCGGCGCUGCGCGAAGCCUUCGAGAAGGCGGGCCCCAACAUCGCGGCUUUCCUGGUCGAGCCCAUCCAGGGAGAGGCGGGCAUCGUUGUGCCGGACGAGGAUUACCUCAAGGAGGCUCGGGCCUUGUGUGACAAGCACAAUGCGCUGUUGAUCUGCGAUGAGAUCCAGACGGGGAUUGCCCGCACGGGCAAGCUCCUCUGCUAUGAAUGGAGUGGCAUCAAGCCGGACAUGGUCCUCUUGGGCAAGGCCAUCUCCGGUGGCAUGUACCCCGUGUCCUGCGUGCUGGGUCGCAAGGACGUCAUGCUCACCAUCGAACCCGGUACGCACGGGUCGACCUAUGGCGGCAACCCACUGGGAUGCGCGGUCGCCAUCCGGGCCCUGGAGGUCAUUCGGGAGGAGAACAUGGUGGAGAAGGCGGAAACGCUGGGUCAUGUCUUCCGGAAGGGACUGGAGGCAAUCAAGAACCCCAUGAUCCAGAAGGUGCGCGGUAAGGGUCUUCUCAACGCCAUCAUCAUCGACGAAUCCAAGACGGGUGGUCACAGCGCAUGGGACCUCUGCAUGCUGCUCAAGGAGAAGGGUCUGCUGGCCAAACCCACCCACCAAAACAUCAUCCGUCUGGCCCCGCCACUCGUCAUCACGGAGGAACAGAUCCAGGAAGCGCUCAAGAUCAUCUCCGACGCAGUGGAUGCUCUUCCGACACUCAAGGGAGCCGAUGAGGACAAGGUCAUCCCGCCUCCCGAAAAGAAGAUCAAGAUCGGUGUCGAAAACUAA